UUUAAUAUAAAAGGAAAAUAAGAGAAGAGGUUGAUUUAAUCUUCAAAUAAUCGGAUACAGAUCGGGACGCGGGAGAGGAGAAGGAAGGAGAUCAUCUCUAAUCUCUCGUUAAGCUCUCUCGCUCCAACCUUUUUCCGGCUAUCAGAUCACCCUGUAACCAUGACUACAUCAAGGCGCCUUGCAGAUAGGAAAGUUGAGAGGUUCGAGAAGAACAUUACUAAGAGAGGAGCUGUUCCUGAAACAACUACUAAAAAGGGAAAUGACUAUCCUGUUGGGCCUGUUCUGCUUGGAUUCUUCAUCUUUGUUGUCAUUGGAUCAUCUCUAUUCCAGAUAAUCAGGACAGCAACAAGCGGGGGCAUGGCUUAAAUGUAGACGGAGAGAUGGAAGAUGACGUUAGCUUAUAGUUGAAACAUGGGAAAUAGUUGAUGACUUGUUAUUCAUGUUGAGAACUCUGUUAUCUUAAUAAAGAUGCCCCUAAUUUUUUUUUUU